CUACAGCGCACGACACCGGGAAGAAAGAUGGAUCUACGAAAGUAAUAAUGCACGGACACCAUGAUCUCCAACCGGGCUCAUUUCGAAGCAGGAAUAAGCUAAUAUCGGGUAUUCGGCAUGCCCGUAAGGAUCGAGCGUGCGGAGAUAAUUUCGGAUUUAAAUUUGUUGUGGAAUGCUCAGAGACUCAGGGGUUCCAUGACCUAUCGGAUCACGUGCGGACCCAUGUUUCCUUAUCAAAAUUUAAAGACAAGCUCCCUUCACGGGCUGUUUGCGAAAUGAAAAACCUCUGGCGGCCCUGCCAGGACAUGACAGUUCAUCGUCCAUCACCGGCUGAUUUGCGAUGUCAACCAUCGCGCGUGUCCUGUCCUUCGCGGGCAAUAAACCCUAUCGAACAAAAGACAUCAAACACGAAGAAGCUCCUUACCUCAACGACGAUGGCUAUGUCGACUUCGCGCCGGGCGACAUCGAAAACCCUCGGAAUUGGUCGCUGUUGCGCCGGGCUACGAUCACCAUGAGCGCCGUCUUGCUCGUAGUGAAUGCGACGUUCGCUUCAAGCUCUCCCAGCGGAUGUUUCCUAUCCAUCUCGAAGCAUUUUGGCGUUUCAUCCGAGGUCGCCGGUCUCACCAUCACGCUUUUCUUGCUGGGUUACUGCGCCGGUCCUCUGAUCUUUGCGCCGCUCAGCGAAUUCUAUGGCCGCCGGUGGAUUUUUUACAUCACCUUCUCGCUGUACGUCGCUUUCAACUUCCUGUGCGCCUUUGCGCCAAACUUGGGGGCCCUGCUAGUCGGUAGAUUCCUGACGGGAACCUUCGUCUCGGCCCCCUUGAGAAAUGGACCGGGAGUCCUCGCUGAUGUGUGGGAUCCGCUGCAGCGCGCCAACGCCAUGGCUGGAUUCUCGGUGAUGGUGUGGAUCGGACCGGCCCUUGGACCUCUCGUGGCAGGCUUCCUCGAGCUCAAAGAGGAUUGGCGAUGGAGUUUCUACGUGCUACUCUGGCUCGGCGGGGGCACAGCGAUCGUGAUGCUGACUAUCCCUGAGACAUACGCACCGACGAUUCUGCAUACAAAGGCGAAACGGAUCCGGCGGGCCAAGAUUCCCGGGUACGAGCAUGUCAAGGCUGCGGUCGAGGACAGUGACCGGACCCUCCUUGGCAUCUACAAAAUCGCGCUGACACGGCCUUGGAUCAUCCUUUUCGAUCCUAUUUCUUUGCUGGUGGCCAUAUAUAUGGCGGUCGUUUAUACCCUGCUUUACAUGCUCUUCACCAUCUAUCCAAUUGUCUUCCAGGAGAAACGCGGGUGGAAUUCAGGUGUGGGCGAGUUGCCCUUGCUUGGCACUGUGGUCGGGGCGAUCCUCGGUGGUGGGAUCGUUCUCAUCGACACACAGAUCCGUCAACGGAAGAUCCAGAGGGGCGAGAUGAAAAUGGAAGAUGCGACUCCUGAAGAUCGAUUGCCCCUAGCCAUGAUCGGUGGCGUUGGCUUUGCCGCAUCCAUGUUCUGGUUUGCAUGGACCGCUGAAUUCAAGUGAGCCGUGACCAUCGCUCUCAAGAUACCCAAUAAGAAAUAGUCCAAGACUGACCAGUCGCAGUUCGGUCCACUGGAUCGUCCCUACCAUCGCAGGAUGCAUCCUCUCUGCCGCGUUGGUGCUCAUUUUCGUCGCAUACUUGAACUACCUUGUGGACGUCUACCUGAUGUACGCAGCCUCUGCCAUUGCCGCGAAUACGAUCGCUCGCUCUGCCUGCGGUGCUGCGGCGCCGCUUUUCACGCACCAGAUGUUCACGGCACUGGGUGUGGGAGGGGGAGGUAGUUUGGUCGCCGGCGUGGGUACCUUGCUGUCGGUUAUUCCUUUCCUCUUCUACAAGUACGGACGGCAGAUCAGGAUCCGAAGCAGGUUUGCGCCGACCCGGGAGAACCGUGUACCAGAGAGAAUGACGGACGAGGAGACCAAUCCUCGCGAUGAGGCUGUCGAGGGUAUCGUGUUGCAGCCGAGUAAGAGCGAAGAAGCAGCAUGAGCGAAGAAAGAUAAAAACGACGGUGGGGGAAAAACACGAUGAUAGACGGACGCUUUACAAGUAGCUACAACGCAGAGCAUUAGAGCAUGUCCGAGUAAUGGAAGUCUUCAUUGAGCAACUAGCCUUGAGAAUCAUUAAAAUCGAACUUCAAAGCUUAUUUCGAAGUUUUCUUUUCAGACCAUUCAAGCCCUAAACAGUUAUCGCGCCAGUAGCUACAAUAUAACCGCCAUCCACCACAAUGACAGCGCCAUUCAGAUACUGAUUCGUAGAAGCAUAGAUGACAGCACUGGCCAUAUCACGAUCAUGUCCAGGUCUCGCAGCAGGCACCAUGCC